AUGACUGAUCCUAAGCUCUUCCCCCGUCGGGUCCGCUAUGCGGGCCUCGUGACACUCAACUGCUUCGUCUUCAUCGGGAACAUGUACGCGUCUGGUAUCCCUACCGGUUUCGAGAGUCUCGGGGCAGACCUGCACGUCCCGAUGGCCAAAUUGACCGAUCUCGUCAGCUACACGGUCAUGACGAUGGGCCUGUGCAAUCUGUUUUGGAUGCCUCUGGCUCUGUGUAUCGGCAAGCGGCCGGCUGUGGUACUCUCGCUGGCCAUGUUCGUGGGUGGACAGAUCUGGACGUGUGUGGCAAAGGACUAUAACAGUUUGAUGGGGGCUCGCGUGUUUUCUGCUUUCGGCUUGGGAUCCGUUGAGUCGAUCGGGCCCAGCAUUCUCGCUGACAUGUUCUACGAGAAGGACUACGCCAGCGCCAUGGCCACCUACGCCUUCUUCCUCGCCGGCGGCAGUCAGAUCGGCCCCGUCAUCGCCGGGUAUCUCAUCAAAGCGCGCGGCUGGCGCUGGUUCUUCAUUCUCUGCCUCAUCCUCUCCGCCGUCAACCUGGUCACCACUUUCUUCUUCCUCCCGGAGACGCUGUACGAGCCGGAUGACGCAGAGGAGCCAGCCACCGAGUCUGACAAGGAACCCACCGGACAUAUCGAGGCGGUCCCGGUGCGUGCGGCAUUCGACUACAGCACCUACUGGCAGAGUCUCUUCACCCUGAGGCUGUCCAAGGGCGCACGCAAGCACGGCGUGUUCAAGUACUUUGCUAUGGUGUUCAUCCUGCCGCUGCCCAUGAUCCUCAUCCCGGGCGUGCUUCUCGCGUUGAUGAUGUACGGCGUUGCCCUCGGAGCGUAUGUCCAACCCCCUCAAUCUCCGUGUAGAACACAAACAAUGUGGGAGAAACGUGCUAACAACCCCAGCACCGUCUCCAUGUCGGCCCUCGGCCCCACCCUCCUCUCCCCACCGCCCUACCUAUUCUCCUCCGCCGCCCUCGGCCUCUUCAGCCUCAGCAGCUUCAUCGGCAUCCUCGUCGCCUUCCCCAUCGCCGGCCCGCUCACCGACCUGCUCUCGCGCACCCUGCGCCGCCGCAACAACAACAUCCACAAGCCCGAGCACCGCAUCCCCGCCCUCAUCGUCCCCUUCGUCAUCUCCCCCAUCGGCCUGAUCAUCUUCGGCGAGGCCAUCUCCCAGCACAUGCACUACGCCGUCGCCGCCGUCGGCCAGGCCAUGGCCACCGCGUCGCUGGCGCUCGUGCCGUCCGUCAUGCUGUCUUACGUGGUGGACGCGUACCCCCACACCAGCGGCGAGGCGCUCGUCCUGGUGAACGCGAGCAAGAACGUUGUUGCGUUCGGGUUGACCAAGGGGUCGUAUGCGUGGAUGGAGAUGGAGGGCGUGCGCAAGAUGUUCUUUGAGUUUGCGGGCAUCCAGUGGGCGGUGCUGUUUCUGGGAUUGCCGUUGUAUGUGUUUGGGCCGUGGGUGCGGCGGCGCAUGGAGAAGUUGGGGUUGUAG